AGUGAAGUGGAAGUUCUUAGAAGCACGGAGAAACCAUGGGCUCUGCAGCAAGGACUGAAAUACUCCAAGGCCCACAGUUCUUGAAAUAAGCGGCAUGUUCCUGGGUGGGUGACAACUGUUGUGGAAAUAGCUUUAGGGGAGCCUGGAGAUCUACUCAACCCCUUCCUUGGAGGAGCUGAGAAGAAUUUUAUUUCCUCUACUUAGCAGAUUACUCUUCAGGAUGUUGAGAUUUCCAGAGAAGUAACCACCCAGUACAAGAAAAUAUUGUUCUACCUAAAUUCAAACUCCAUCCUUUGGGGUGCCACAGCACAUGGAUUUCAGAACUACCUGUGAGGAGACAAAGACAGGGGUUUGCUUGCUACAGGAUGGUAAUCAGGAACCGUUCAAAGUCCGGCUGCACCUAGCCAGAGAUCUUCUGAUUCUUCAGGAGCAGGAUGUGAUAUGCGUGUCUGGUGAGCCUUUCUAUUCUGGUGAAAGAACGGUGACGAUCAGAAGACAGACAGUGGGAGGAUUUGGACUGAGCAUCAAGGGAGGAGCAGAGCAUAACAUUCCAGUUGUCAUUUCAAAAAUCUCCAAAGAACAGAGAACGGAACUUUCGGGACUGCUCUUUAUUGGGGAUGCAAUUUUACAGAUAAAUGGGAUUAAUGUGAGAAAAUGCAGACAUGAAGAAGUGGUUCAGGUUCUCAGGAAUGCUGGAGAAGAAGUGACCCUAACAGUGUCAUUUUUAAAAAGAGCCCCUGCUUUCCUCAAACUCCCAUUGAAUGAAGACUGUUCCUGUGCUCCAAGUGACCAGAGCAGUGGCACCUCUUCUCCUCUAUGUGACAGUGGCUUGCACCUCAAUUACCAUCCCAACAAUACAGACUCGUUGUCGUGCUCCUCCUGGCCCACCUCUCCAGGUCUGCGGUGGGAGAAGCGGUGGUGUGAUCUGCGGCUCAUCCCUUUGCUGCACUCCAGGUUCUCCCAGUAUGUGUCCGGGACCGACCUCAGUCGGCAGAACGCCUUUCAGGUUGUUGCUGUGGAUGGUGUCUGCAGUGGAAUUAUUCAGUGCCUCUCUACGGAAGACUCUAUUGACUGGCUACAAGCAAUAGCAACUAAUAUUUCAAACCUCACCAAGCACAAUAUUAAAAAAAUCAACAGAAACUUUCCUGUAAACCAGCAGAUAGUCUACAUGGGUUGGUGUGAAGUGCGGGAGCAGGACCCCCUGCAAGACAAAUUGUACUCUCCAACAUUUCUCGCCUUGCGGGGUUCAUGUCUUUACAAGUUUCCAGCACCUCCAGUGACCACCUGGGACUGGACUCGAGCAGAGAAAACAUUCUCAGUUUAUGAGAUUAUGUGCAAAAUUCUCAAGGAUAGUGACCUGCUGGACCGGAGGAAACACUGCUUCACUGUGCAAUCUGAGUCUGGAGAGGACCUCUAUUUCUCUGUGGAGUUAGAGUGUGACCUUGCCCAGUGGGAGAGAGCCUUCCAAACAGCCACCUUUCUAGAAGUGGAGCGGAUACAGUGUAAAACUUAUGCAUGCGUGCUGGAGAGUCACCUCAUGGGCCUCACCAUUGACUUCAGCACAGGAUUUAUCUGCUUUGAUGCAGCAACAAAGGCUGUACUUUGGAGGUAUAAAUUUUCUCAGCUUAAAGGCUCUUCAGAUGAUGGCAAGAGCAAAAUCAAAUUUUUGUUCCAGAAUCCAGAUACUAAACAGAUUGAAGCAAAGGAGUUGGAAUUUUCAAAUCUAUUUGCUGUUCUUCACUGUAUUCAUUCAUUCUUUGCUGCCAAAGUAGCUUGUUUGGACCCUCUAUUUUUAGGCAACCAGGCUACUGCUUCUGUUGCUUCCAGCUCUGCUACUACAAGCAAGGCAAAGUAUAUGACUUGACAUACUGAUGUCUGCCUUGACACUUACCAUGAUUAGAUAAACAAAGAAAUGUAUUUAUCCUUUACACCUUGAAGAAAUAGUGAUGUCAUCAAGUCAAGAAUGGAGUCAGAGUCAAGUUUCAGCAGAAAAGAGGUCAUGAGGCAUCUCUAGCAUGUUGCUAUUCUGGAAGGCAUCUGUAAAUAAUCCAAAAAGAACAAAACUGCCAGUUCUCAUUUGGUUGAUUUCUACCAGUUCACUGCUUUCACAAAAUUGAAGAAAAAAGAAUAUAUGGUAUAAAGAAUAUGUAAAUAAUAUAAAAAUUGUAAGCUACCUAUAAAUAAAAUACCAAUUAAAUAGUUAUUUCUGUAUUUUAGAUUAUUUUGUAUGACCAAUGCAUAUUGGGCCAGAUCAUGAACUAAUGCCCUAUCAUUGUAUUAUGAGUGUAAAGAGGUUUUAAAAAAAUUGACAAGAGCAUGCAAAAAAA